AUUGAAGGAAAUUUUAAAUUAUGAAAGGAAGAUAGAUCCUUCAGAAACCUAGUACCAUUUUUAGGACUUGCAGGUUCUGAUACUCUAGCUGGAGUGAUAUCUAUGUGGCAUGGUAAUAGCUCUCAUGCUGAAGUAUUUGAUAACAAUAAAGAUUUGAUAGAUUUUUCAAAAGCAAGAGUAUUUGGCUUUGAAAUGGCUAGCUUACUCAAAAAUCCCGUUGCUCUUGGGCUAGUCUUGACUUAUUAUUUC